AUGCUCACGAGAGCGAUGGCCUUGCCAGCCACGCCGCGCACGCGCGGCGCAUUUUACGGCGACCUCGAGGCGCCGGGAGCGCUGGAGAGGAUGGUGAGAACGACCAGCCUUCGCGGCGAGCUGGUGCUCCUGCACGGCAACAGCAAGCGGCGCCGGCUGCUGCUCAACCUCAUCGCGCAGCUCAACGGGCUCGACAUUGACCACAUCCUUCUCCUCGCCUUCACGCCAGACAUGUGCGAGCGCCUCCGUCGGAAUCGGAAUGGCGCGGCGCGCGUCAACGUGCUCGCCCUCGACUCGGAUGUCGCCGUCUUCUCCUCGCCGUACCCCCACCUCCACGGCGCUUUCCGCCGCUUCGCCCUCGUCGCCGCGUUUGACACAAAGGGCGGCUUCGCAAACGUCAACGUCGGCAUCGUCUACUUCAACAAUGCGACCGCCGGCGGGCCGGUGCACUCGAUCAUGCUCGAGAUGGAGCGGAGGGUCGAGGCUGCGCUCGCGAUGCCUCCGCCACAGAAGGUGCCGUACGGCUCGCUGCCCGGCCUCUUCUGGGACCAGAACCUCUUCAACAAGGCCCUCCUCUCCGCCAUGGCGAACCACGCCCUCUCGCUGCCCGACCCCGCCGGCCGGUCCUUUCUCGGCGGCGGAGAGUGGUCGCGCACCCACGCGGCGGAGCUGCGCCGGCUCGGGGACGUCCUCAAGGAGUGGAGGCGGGGAGAGGCUGCGGCGCCGCCCGGCCUGUCCGUCCGCCCGCCGUGGUUCCCGCACCGUGCGGAGUACCGCUACUGGUCGCUCCGCCGUGCCGCUGUCGGCGCCGACGCGUCUCUCUGGCGGCCGGUGCCCGAGGAGCGGAUCCUGCUUGCACCGCCGUGGCUCGUCUCUGCGGACAACGCCUUCGGCCACCGGUACAAGCACUGGCUAUACGGCGCCUCGCCGCCGCCGUGCGUCCUCCUCCACUUCGUCUGUGUCGCGCCGGGACAGCGGUCGCGCAUCCUCCCAAUGCAGCUCUUCGGCGCGUGGAGCGCGGGCGCCGACGUCCUGUCCGGCAGGCGUGGCGAGGAUGACGCCGACGCCGACGCCGAUGAGAUGCUCGCUCUCGCAGACGCGACGUACGAGUCGCCGCUCGCGCCGCGGCCGUGGCCUCAGCUCAACGCGCUGCACGCGGCGCUCGGAGGGCUGGCGGAGCUCGCCGGCCGCGUCGCGGUCCUGCCGGCGCUCGACUGCGGCGGAGUGCUGGACGGGUUCCUCGAGCCGGGCAUGCUGCCCUCGCGGCUGCCUUCGCGCUGCUUUUGGCACGCUGUCGCGCCACCGUCGGAGCUCGAGGCGGCGCUGCAGGCAAACAGCGCGGCGGCGGCGCCAACCUUGAGGGCUGUCCGAUCGCUUCUCGACGAGCUGACCGGGGUCCCGGUCGUGCUGCUGCGCCUUACGCUGCCGGAGGCGCCAGCCGACGGGGCGCAGCCGCCGAUCGACCCAGCAGUGCUGCGCCGUGCCCACCCCGGGCUCGAGCGCGCCGCGAGCCGGUUCCGCGAUUCGUGCCCCGAGCUGCUGGAUCGCUCCAAGACGCGCAGGAGAGAGUGCACCAACUUUUGCUGA